UAUUUGGAGAAAGAAAACACCACUCUCUCUGGGUAUAGUGUAGUGAAGAACUCUGGGUAUAGUGUAGUGAAGAAAGACAAUAGUAUAUUAUACCAUUUUUCAUUAGAGAAAUUAUGAAAUAAAAUUCUGAGAGCAGCCACCAUAUAUAUAGAUAUAGAGAUAAAGACUUGUGCAGUUAGGGUGAGAAGGACAAAUUAAAGGCAUGGGCCAUCACUGCUGCAGCAAACAGAAAGUAAAAAGAGGUCUUUGGUCUCCAGAAGAAGAUGAAAAACUCAUCAGACAUAUUACCUCCCAUGGCCAUGGCUGCUGGAGUUCUGUUCCUAAAUUAGCAGGGUUACAAAGGUGUGGAAAGAGUUGUAGAUUGAGAUGGAUAAAUUACUUGAGGCCAGAUCUAAGAAGGGGUUCUUUUACUGAGCAGGAAGAAAGAACCAUCAUUGAUGUUCAUAGAAUCUUGGGAAAUAGAUGGGCACAAAUAGCCAAACAUUUACCUGGUAGGACUGAUAAUGAAGUGAAGAAUUUCUGGAAUUCUUGCAUUAAAAAAAAGCUUAUAGCACAAGGGUUAGAUCCAAAUACUCACAAUCUCCUGAAGAACAAAACCAACAAUUCAACCAAAGCCAAAACUAAUUAUCAUCAAGAUUCCACCUCAGUUUUCACCAUUGAUACUUCAACAAAUAAAGAAGUAAUUUCAAUGGACAUAAAAGCAGCUCUUGCAUCCUUCUCUCCUUUCCCUCAUGGUAGCAAUACUACUACUUGUAAUACAUACAAUUACACUCCUAUUGUUCCCAACAUUGAAUACCAAAACCCUACUUUCACAUGGAGUGGUCAAAGAAAUCAGACUGCAAUAACUACGCCUCCGUCCCAAUCAAGUGACAGAAAUCACAUCAUUACUCAAAAUUCCAUGUUGGAUUUUGCGAGCUCUUCUUUAAUGGAAAGCUCUACGAAUAUACGACAAGGAGAAACGGAGUAUAUAAAUGAGAAUAGCAUGUGGCAUGGAACUGGAAUUGAACCAACAACCUUAAAUCCUGCCAACGGACCUGAAGAAUUAAUGCAAGUACAACAAGGGGAACAAUUUCCAAUUCAGACAAAUUUUUGUGAUCAAGAGGAUGUUUACAAGAUUAACCAUGAUCAAACGGUGGAGAAUACGUUUGAUAGCUCUAACUUUGAUUUUGAUUUUGUGGACUCUACAUUAAUGCCUUGUGGAUUGUAUACUAAUGUCAAUUCUAUGGAUCAACUUUCAUGGGAUUGUUAGUUAAGUUUUACAGAAUUUAAUUUCUAGCUGUCAGUAUAUAUUUCUUGCAUGCUAA